GGCAAUCUAGGGGCUUCAUCAAGCAGCGCCCACAUUCCACACUUCGGUGGUUCAAGAUGUUUUCGUUUCGAUCUCUAAAUUGAACACCAGCUGAUUAUUCUCUGAUCUUACCAUCCAUUUGCGUUUUACUGCCUCUCGGCAUCCCAAAAGGAUAUGAGAAAGCCACUAGCCCAACGAGCCAUCUUAUGGCUUGGAGCGGCAUUUGUUGCAUACCACCUGGUUACCUUUUUAUUCCGAGCUCACCCAGCGUACCCUGGUCCAGCCAGCCAGGACUCGCAGCUAAUCCCCGUAAGAACCAAGGGUGAUAGCCAGAAAGCAGCUGCCAUCAUAGAGGCCUUUCGGUUCUCGUGGAACAAUUACGAAACAUAUGCGGCCCCCCACGACACCUUGCUUCCAGUCAGUCAGACAUACGAGGACGAUCGCAAUGGUUGGGGCGCAACUGCUGUUGAUGGGCUAAGCACCGCCAUUAUCAUGAACGAAGCCAAGAUCGUGGAUAAGAUCCUGCGACAGAUUGCCGCGACCGACUUUAGUGUCACUGCGGUUCCCGACCAGCCUAUUUCUCUCUUUGAAACGACGAUUCGUUAUCUUGGAGGCUUGCUCUCAGCGUAUGACCUACUCUCUGGUCCAUUCAAGCAUCUCGUACAAGAUCCACGCUUGAGAGAUACUCUGCUAGAGACGGCCAAACUUCUUGCAGACAGCCUCAGCAUUGCCUUUGACACGCCGAGUGGAGUCCCAGAUGACGAAGUCAUUUUCAAUCCACGCCCGCGUCGACUCGGUAACAUCGAUAACUCUAUAACAUGUUUCGGUACGCUCGUUCUUGAGUGGACUCGGCUAAGUGACUUGACCGGAAAUACCACGUACGCUGCUCUCGCGCAGAGAGCCCAAGCGCACCUGAUUCACCCCAAGCCUGAGGGCUUCAGAUUACCUGGCCUCGUGGGCACAUAUGUUCGGCUGCAAAACGGCCACUUUGGGGACUAUCAGAGUGGCUGGGGAGGCGGCUCCGAUAGUUAUUACGAGUACCUCAUCAAGAUGUAUGCAUACGACCCUGUGUCAUUUGUCGAGUACAAGGACAGUUGGGUCCUAGCGGCCGAGUCAUCGAUGCAAUAUCUGGCAUCUUCUCCGACAACCCGACCGGACCUAACCUUUCUAGGGGAGUUCCGUGGAAAUACAACUGUCCCUAUGUCUAGCCACUUGGCUAGCGUCUGCGGCGGCUCCUUGAUUCUUGGCGGUCUGCUCCUCCAAAACCAAACCUUUGUCGAUUUUGGCCUCGAGCUUGCCAAGUCAUAUUACGAGGUAUAUCGUCAAAGUCCUGCCGGAAUCAGCCCCGAGACGUUCCGCUGGGUUGACGAUCACCAACCUCUCACCAAACCAUCAGCCAACCGCCCGCCACCAAGAAAGUGGCGGUCCUUCUAUCACGCCAGCGGCUUCUACCCUACUAACCCCGAGUACAUUCUGCGACCCGAGACCAUAGAAAGCCUCUACUACGCGUACCGGGCCACGGGUGACCAGCAGUGGCAGGACUGGGCGUGGGAGGCCUUUGAGGCGCUGAACGAGAUGAGUCGCGUCGAGGGAGGUUACGCAGGGCUACGCAGUGUAAUGAAGAAAGAAGAGAACAAGGCGGGACAGUGGAUCGACAAGAUGGAGAGUUUCUGGCUUGCAGAAACACUCAAGUACUUGUAUCUGAUGUUUGCGGAGGAUUCGGAGUUUCAAGUGAAGAGUGACGGGCGAAUGAAGUACGUGCUCAAUACAGAAGCACACCCCUUAAGAAUACGGCACCAAUAG